AGGCCAUUUUGGCGACCCCGCCCUUCGCUGCGCCCCUGGCGCUGCCGCGCCCUGCAGCUCUGCUGCGUGCGACCGAUGAGGAGGCACAGAGCAUCCAGCAAUAAUGCUCGGUUCCCCCAGAAGAGGCCCAAUCUUGGAAUACCGAGGCUCGGCACUUCCUCUAGAGCUUUCGCUGACGCCGCUGGGACUAACCACAUGGCAGUUUUGAGGGAUUUCGAGAAGGAUUACGGUCAGCGCGACACCCCGUAUGGGAAGUUGUUCGUGGACGCGGAGUUCCCGGCGGAGGACGGCGGCGACCCAGUCAAGAUCCAUCCUAUGCAAACCCAUUUGCUCUCUUGUUUCUGGCCUGCAGCUGCGCCGUUGACUUCGGCACGUUCUUGCGCCUUUGUCUCGGGGGCGACGGCCGCGGCGGUUUCGUUUUCUUCUGCGACGAGACGACGCCAGGCAAUCCCCUCCGCCCCGACAAAGGCAGGAAGAUCAUGAACAUAUACUACACGGUCAAGCAAUUUCCGAACUGGUUCCGCGGCCAGAGCCACGCGUGGCUCAGUUUCGUCUCGAUUCCAGAGGUGGAUCUCGACAGGGUGGCCGGCGGUCUCUCGGCAAUUGUGCGGGCGAUGGUGCGGAUUUUCUUUGCGCCCAACGGCCACAAUCCCAGCCACGACUGGCAUUCAAGUGCCCGCGCGCGGCGGACCCGAGCUCGUCCACUUUGACGUCGCCACGUUCGUGCAGGACGAAAAAGCGUACAAACAGAUGUGGUUGUGCAUCGGCGCCAGCGGCCUCCGGCCAUGCUGCCUGUGCCGGAACAUCUUGAUGGAGGGGGCGGACGUGUCUGGCGACGACUACUUCCGAACUCCGUCCACUGCUGCCGCGGCUGAUUUCGACUUGCACACCGCCGAGUCCAUUCAGGACUGCAUUGACCAGGUGGCGUCGAUUUCUAUCGGACCGCGCCCGCCAGGGAGAAGUCGCGUGGAGGAGGCCCACAAGAUCCAUGGGUGGAAAUACGACGAGCACGGAAUCUUGGACGACCCAUACGUUCUCCAAUUCUUCACGCUUCGCGCAUCCCCACCAGCAUAUCCAAACGCAGUCACCAGGCGAGUUGCGUUGAUCAGCGGCGACAAGGCGAGAAUGCCAUCAACAAAAACACAGAAAAUAAUAAUGGAAAAAAAAAACGACGUUGCCAAACACACGUUUUGGGAUUUCAUGCACUCCUGCGUUGGUUCAGGGGGCGUCGGGCCCAUCCAACUCGGAUGCUUCGUUGGGUCAUUGGCCUCGACGGAAGCGCCCAUCACCUUAAAAGACCUCGACGAUUUUGCUUCCACCGUCCGAUUGCCUUCGGGCGGGGGGCGCAAACGCAUGGGCAGAACCUUCUUCCAGGAUAGGGCGGGCGCGGGGUACCUCAAGUGCUUCGCCAGCGAGGCGAUCGACGCUAUUUCCGUGUUGUGGCUCCUCGUCCUGGUCAAACAGCUCCAGUGCAGCGAUUCGCUCCGCCGAGAGGUUCACUGCCUGGCCCUGCUGUUCGAGAUCGUAUGCCAUUGCACCAUGCUGACCGACGCCGAGCUGGUCUCACGGGUCCACCGCGUAGAGCAAGUUCUGGAGGAAUACAGGCAGCCGGCGCCUGGGUUGUACCCCGCGACCGCCAAACCCAAGCUCCACUAUGUGGCCGUUCGAUGCGCACGGCGUACGGGCUCUUCACGAUGGGCGACGUUUUGUGGUUCGAGGUCCCCGAUGGGAUCGUGGUGGGGGAGUGCGUGGGCUUCAUGGUCUCUCGCGGUCGUCCUUCGGCGUCCGUGCGGCCGUGGUUGCCAGUUGCGCCUGUGGCCGCUCAGCGCUAUAAGGCCGAUGGCGGAUUUCCAGUGACGUUGGAUGCGGCCUCAUGUCGCGGGGCGGUCGCAUGGGCGGCUUUGGGCGAUGGCACGAGGGUCCUGGCCCUGCCGCCUUGGGCGCAGUAGCCUCGCGCGCGACGCGCUCCAGCGCUGGCGUGUACAGUGCCAUGGCGCGGAGGCUGCCGCCCUCUUUGUCGCCCCUGUUGCGCCCCUCGGCGCGAGCGUCGCCGCUCUGCGGCGCCGGCGUGUACAGUGCUGUGGUGCGAACGGUAAUGAAAA